AUUCACUAAAACUUCAUUUACUUUCUUGAACUUGUCUUGUGCCCUCUUUCCAAUACACUGAAAUCCACUUCAAAAUAUUUAUUUAAUAAAAAGAAAAGAAAAGAAAAAAACUCUGCCAGGAUGGCUUCUUUGAUCACAACCAAAGCAAUGAUGAGUCAUCAUCAUGUUUUGUCGUCAACUAGAAUCACUACUCUUUAUUCCGACAAUUCCAUCGGCGAUCAACAAAUAAAAACAAAACCUCAAGUCCCUCACCGGUUAUUUGCUCGGAGGAUCUUCGGUGUAACCAGAGCUGUAAUUAAUUCAGCGGCACCGUCUCCGUUGCCGGAGAAAGAGAAGGUGGAAGGUGAGAGACGGUGUCAUGUUGCGUGGACAAGUGUACAACAAGAGAAUUGGGAGGGUGAACUUACUGUCCAAGGAAAGAUACCCACUUGGCUGAAUGGUACGUACCUAAGAAACGGUCCUGGUCUAUGGAACAUUGGAGACCACGAUUUCCGGCAUCUCUUCGACGGCUACUCCACACUCGUCAAGCUUCAAUUCGAUGGCGGUCGUAUAUUCGCCGCCCACCGUCUCCUUGAAUCCGACGCUUACAAAGCCGCCAAGAAACACAAUAGGCUUUGUUACCGUGAAUUCUCCGAGACUCCAAAAUCGGUGAUCAUAAACAAAAACCCUUUCUCCGGGAUCGGAGAAAUCGUCAGGCUUUUCUCCGGAGAGUCUUUAACGGACAACGCCAACACCGGAGUGAUCAAACUCGGUGACGGGCGGGUCAUGUGUCUGACGGAGACUCAAAAAGGAUCGAUUUUAGUCGACCAUGAGACGCUAGAGACGAUCGGGAAAUUUGAGUACGACGACGUAUUGUCCGAUCAUAUGAUCCAAUCAGCGCAUCCGAUAGUGACGGAGACGGAGAUGUGGACGUUGAUACCGGAUUUGGUUAAACCGGGUUAUCGGGUCGUGAGGAUGGAAGCCGGGUCGAAUAAAAGAGAGGUUGUGGGGCGGGUGAGGUGUCGAAGUGGGUCGUGGGGACCCGGUUGGGUCCAUUCGUUUGCGGUGACGGAGAAUUAUGUUGUAAUACCGGAAAUGCCCCUGAGAUAUUCGGUGAAGAAUCUUCUUAGAGCUGAGCCGACGCCACUUUACAAGUUCGAGUGGUGUCCCCAAGACGGAGCUUUUAUUCAUGUCAUGUCCAAACUCACCGGAGAAGUCGUGGCUAGCGUGGAGGUUCCAGCAUACGUAACGUUUCACUUCAUAAACGCGUAUGAAGAAGAUAAAAAUGGCGAUGGAAAAGCGACGGUCAUCAUUGCAGAUUGUUGUGAACACAACGCCGAUACUCGGAUACUCGAUAUGCUCCGUCUCGAUACCCUACGUUCUUCCCAUGGUCACGACGUUUUACCCGAUGCUAGGAUCGGGAGAUUCAGGAUACCAUUGGACGGGAGCAAAUACGGGAAACUAGAGACAGCCGUGGAGGCAGAGAAGCAUGGGAGAGCGAUGGAUAUGUGCAGCAUCAAUCCUUUGUAUUUGGGUCAAAAAUACCGUUACGUUUAUGCAUGCGGUGCUCAACGACCUUGUAACUUCCCCAAUGCUCUCUCCAAGGUAACUUACAUACCCCAAACUAUCGGUUUCCAAUAUUCAAUCGUUUUGAAUGAACCUUUUGAUAAUUGUAUGAGACAGGUUGAUAUUGUGGAGAAGAAAGUGAAGAACUGGCACGAGCAUGGUAUGAUACCAUCUGAACCAUUCUUCGUGCCUCGACCCGGUGCAACCCAUGAGGAUGAUGGAGUGGUGAUAUCGAUAGUAAGUGAAGAAAAUGGAGGAAGCUUUGCAAUCUUGCUUGAUGGGAGCUCCUUUGAAGAAAUAGCAAGAGCCAAGUUUCCCUAUGGCCUUCCUUAUGGCUUGCAUGGUUGCUGGAUCCCCAAAGAUUAACUACAAAGUCUCAACAAAGAUACCUUCAUUAUACAAAACACAACAUAUGUAUAAUUAAUACCCUCUGUGCAGGUUUUGUAAAUUGUUGUCCCUUAUAUAUGCUUUUUGUCUAUAUAUGUGAUGUACAAAACCAAAAUAAAAGGAACGGAUUGUGGUGGAUACAGUUAUUAAAAAUUGCACUAGACCGACCAUU